AUGUCUUCCGAACCGCUUGUUGUUGAUGUGUACUUUUCAUUUCGGAGUCCAUACUCCUACUUAGCACUUCCACAGCUGGUAUCGUGGAAAUCCAAAUAUAAGAACCUGCAGUUGCGCAUGCAACCUAUUUUACCAUUGUUGGUACGAAAGCCGGAUUUUUUUGAAAAGGUCAAUCCCAAGACCCAUCUCUAUAUGAAGAUUGAUACGCGGCGGGUUGCCGACCAAUUGGGGGUACCAUUUAAAUGGUUCAACCCUGAUCCGGUCCCUUUGCACUUUGAUGAAAACGGCAUUCACAGAAUGAAUGAGCACCAGCCCUACAUAUAUCGUUUGACCUAUCUCGGCAUUCUCGCAGAGGAGCAAGGGCAUGGUUUGGAGUUUGCUGCGCAAGUUGCCCACAAUAUCUGGACAUUAGAUAACUGGGAUCAGGGAUCCCACUUAGCGGAAGCUGUUCAACGUGCGGGGCUGAAUUUAGCAGAAUUGGACCAGAAACUGGAACAGGAUUGGUCAAGAUUGGAAGCGUUGGAGAAGGAACAUGUCAAAGCCCUGGACGCUGCGGGCCAUUGGGGUGUUCCGACCUGCGUGUUUAAUGGGGAACCCUUUUUCGGCCAAGACCGCCUUGAAUUGCUCUUAUGGCGUUUACGCCAACAUGGUCUGGAAGAAGUAUCUGAUUCAUAG